GUCUGCGACACCUUAAGCAUAAUGUAGAGCUGCUGUUGCAAAAGCAGGCCAGAAGAAAGGAGAUCGAGCAAUUGAUUACUUCGAUAUCUAAGUGCCAACGAAGGCUUCAACUACGGCUCCGCAAAACCAAGACUGGGCACAAUAGCGUCCUCCUCCUCUUCGGGGGGCAGAUCCAGCUCGUCCUCUUCCUCUUCCUCGUCGUCCUCUCCACCAUCAUCCUCGUCCUCGUCUCUUUCUUCCUCGGAGUCAUACAGAGGUGGUGGAAUGAUCGGCCGCUCAUUGUCCGAAUCAUCGUCUUCGUCACUCCAUUCUUCGUCAUCGUCCAAUCCGUGGGUGUCGAUUUUCUGAUGUCCAACUCCACCGCCAAAGUAUCGCAGAAUCAUAUCACGAUCAGCAAAACUGAAUUCGAGAACGCUUCCCAGUCGGGGAUCAGAUGUGCACCGCGGAGGACGCGAGCCGGAUCGAGAAAGCCGAAAGCAUACUUGUCUGUCUCGGGCACAUAGCCAACCUUGGGCAGCGCGGCACGGCGAAAUCCAAUUGGAGUUCCAGGCACCGGGCCAAGCCAGCGAACCCAGAGGAAUUCCAUUCGUCGGGGAAUACGCUCUCGAAAGACAACAGCAGAGAAGACUCCAAUAACUUGCGCGUACCAAUAGGGAUCCGGCUGCUCAACAGCAGACAUCACCAUGACAAAAGGUUGUAACCGUGGAUUCAG